AUGUCAAAGAAAUUUGCAGAAGAAGCCUUUGAGUAUCUCAUCUGCCAUGCUCACAUUCUCCUGCUCAUACUCCUAACCCUUUCCAUCUCCACCCAUGCAUCUCAACAAGGUUUAGGUUCUCAUCUUAACUCUCUACAUUAUCUCCUUCUAAAUCUCUCCUUCAUCCACUACAUCAAGAUCACUUUCUUACUGCUAAUCAUCAUCAAGCUCACUUUCUCCUUCUUGAUUAAGCCACCAACUGUCUACCUCCUUGACUUUGCUUGUUUCAAGCCUCCCCCAAGGUUUAGGGUACCCUUUGCCACCGCUUACGAACACGGACGCCUCAUCUUAGCAUCGGAGCCCAAAAGCAUUGAAUUCCAACUUAGGAUCUUCGAGCGGGCAGGGUUGGGUGAAGAAACAAGCUUACCCCACCCAUUACAUUACCUACCACCAAGGCCAACUUUGAUCGGUGCUAGAGAAGAGACCGAACUUGUCAUUUUCUCGGCAAUGGACUCUUUGUUUCAGCAAACAGGGAUUAGCCCUCAUGAUAUUGAUAUUGUAAUUGUGAACUGCAGCCUCUUUCUUCCAACUCCAUCUCUUUCAGCUAUGGUGAUUCACAAGUACAACAUGAGAAGUAAUGUGAAGAGCUAUAACUUGUCUGGGAUGGGGUGCAGCGCAGGUCUUAUUGCCAUUGACUUAGCAAAACACCUUCUUCAGGUUCAUCCCGAAUCAAAUGCAGUCGUUGUAAGCACUGAAAUCAUCACCCCAAAUUCUUAUAUGGGUAAGGAAAGAUCGAUGCUUUUGCCAAACUGUCUCUUCAGAAUGGGAGGAGCUUCAAUCCUCUUGACAAACAAAACGUCCCUACGUAAACAUGCAAAGUACAGUCUCUUGCAUGUGGUCCGAACUCAUAAAGGUGGUGAAGACAAAUCUUAUGGCUGUGUCAUGCAAGAAGAAGACAGUGAAGGUCAUGUAGGAAUAGCCCUCAGCAUGGAUCUGAUGGUAAUAGCGGCCAAGUCCUUGAAAUCAAACAUCAGCGCAUUGGGAUCACUGGUUCUUCCUGUUUCUGAACAAGUCUCAUUUCUCUUCAACUUUUUAGCAAGAAAAAUCUUUAAACUGCAGUGGAAACCCUACAUUCCUGAUUUCAGAAAGGCGUUCGAUCAUUUCUGUAUCCAUGCAGGAGGACGUGCAGUAAUUGGUGAGAUCCAGAAGAGUUUGAAGUUGUCAGAUGAACAUGUGGAGGCAUCAAGGAUGACACUGCAUAGGUUUGGGAAUACAUCAUCAUCAUCAGUAUGGUAUCAGAUGGGAUACAUAGAAGCUAAAGGGAGGAUGAAGAAAGGUGAUAGGGUUUGGCAAAUAGGGUUUGGGAGUGGGUUCAAGUGUAACAGUGUGGUUUGGAAGUGUAACAGAGAGAUUGAAGCUCCAAAAAUUGGGGCAUGGGCAGAUCGUAUUCACAAAUACCCAGUAUUUGUUCCAGAAGUAUUGAAGCUCUAA